UGCCCUUUGUGAAUCGAAAACUUCAAGCAAUUCGGCUCCAAUAUCUUUCGGGACUUCACCAUGACCCAGGACCAUCCCCGUUCCCUCCUCCCACCCAUCGACGACCGAAUCGUUUCGCCCCGCGAUGAAGUAACAGCACUGCUGAAGCAGGAUCAAUAUGACCCCGAGAAUGAAGACCUCCGACACAUGGUCCAGCAACUGUCGAAUUCGGACAGCGAUCUCGCCCAGCGCGUGGAGGAGGUCAUCGUAGGAACGUCCGCGAAGCGAGAGUACGACCGCGACGUUGAGCCGGAUGCCGAUGGCGCCGUCGAGAUUCUGCCCGACGUGCUGGAUUCCGCUGCGCUGGAGGACAUUCUCAAGAGCGUGAAGAACCUUCUAACCUUUUCGUGGUGUGUGAACAUGCCGAUUCCACCGAAUAUCCUCGCCCAUCUCAGAGAAUCACGACGCGACGUCCAUCUGCGCGUCCUCAAACGGCAAAUGUCUGACGACGCAGCCAAUCUCCCCGAGCUCGACUGGGAGUUCUUCACCGCGUUCCCGCUCUCUCAAACCCACAUCGACCGGAACGACUUUGGCAGCAUCGUCUACGCGUCCAGCGCGAACACGACAUCUCUCCGCCUACACCUCCUCGUGCCAUAUUACCCGGCCAGUGAGGGGCCCGCUGAGGAGGAGUGGAUGCGCCGCAAGACGGCCGUUGCGACAUCCACGAUCGAGUCCCUCCCGAGCCUCGCGUCGAUCUACGCCACCGACUACCAGGGACAACUCCCGCUGCUCAUCCCGGCCAUAGUCCAGCACCACGCAUCGACAUUGCAGGUACUCAAACUUCACAGUCUCCCCGUCUUCCCGUACAAGCGACCGAACGGGCUGCUGUGUCCGACCGCCGAUCAGAUCCACCUCCUGGCAACUCGGUUGAGAGCGCUCACGCACGUGGAAAUGGACUUUUCCCCCUUCGAUCCGACCGAGGGCGGCGAUCAGAUGAUCACACCCUUCGAGUCGCCCUCCCCGACGACCGCGGCGCUGUCGACGCUGGUACACUCUCUCCCAGCGCUCCGGACCGUGAGGCUCUGGAUCGAGGUCCCCACCGCCAAAUCGUUCUUUCAAGACGAAUAUACCUCCAUGGGGAGCGAUCCACCGCCGCUGAAGGAGGACAGACUGUGCCAGGCAGUGGCGAACCUGUAUGCACUGCUGAUGGAGCGCGGGGAAGGGCAAAGGGAGUCGAGGAAGCUGGAAUGCUUGGAGGUGGCCUUCACAAGGCUGGAUACGUGGGACCGUCAGGGGGCUUAUCCGAGAUUCUUGACCGUCAGAUUGAUUCCCUCACACUCCCCCACGGAUAUUCCGGAGGGAGGCGGUGACGCGAACAAGGGUUGGCUGGGGGGGUUCACCAUGGAGGUGGGCGAAUGGCAGGACGAUUACGCAGAGCAAGACAUCGAAGGCUUCAUCGGUCACGCCGUCGGAUUCAUCCAUUAGCAUGUAAGGCAGUGAUCGUAGUCAAUCGAGGAAAAGAGUGUGUUAGAUAGGCAUAUACAGAAUCCGUCCUGCGCUACAGCAUUUGCGCUCCGGUCGCCUCGAGUCUCGUCUCUUGCAGGUCACUCUACCUUGAAUGCCGGCUUUCAUGGUGCCAAGUUUGCAAGCAUAUGGAAUGGGAUUGG